AUGCUGGAGUGCGUGGAAAACAGCAUCAAGGUGAUCGUGGUGGGGAACGGCAAUGUAGGUAAGACGUCAAUGCUUCGGCGGUUUGUCAAGGGGGAGUUUGUGGAUCAGUACAAGAAGACUAUUGGGGCGGAAUUCAUGGAGAAAAAUGUGUUCUUACACCAAUCCAACACCACAGUGAAACUUAUGCUCUGGGACACGGCCGGGCAAGAAGUGUUUAAUUCCCUUACUCAAGCGUAUUAUCGUGGUGCUGGCGCGGCAAUACUGGCAUUCAGCACUGUCGAUAAGGAUAGUUUCAUGAAUGUGGUGAACUGGAAGAGGAAUGUCGAGAAUGUGUGUGGCGUCAUUCCAAUGAUUCUUUGCCAGACAAAGUUUGACCUUGCGCACGAGGCGGCCAUCACAAACGAGGAGGCAGAGCAGCUUGCAAUACAACUUCAGUUGCCAUUUUUUCGUGUCUCCACGAGGGAUGACUUCAACGUGACGCAGCUCUUUGAGUACACUGCUCAGAUGUGUUUAAGCGAAGAGUCGGCAGAGAAUCCAAGUGCGUCAGUGAAGGCGUCUUCAAACCUCAAUGGAAGCGAGGUUCAUGGUGCAACGGCCAUGAAACAGGGAACUCAGUCAAUGAUGCGCGUGGACCUGAGGGCGUCAAACCCAGGGGGCAAGAAGAAAAAGAAGAAACUCUGCACAAUACUUUGA